ACCAGGAACGUAGAAAUCUAUACACCAAAUCUGGUGAAAAUUUUUGGGGUUUUCUUCACUUUUCACCAUACAUGGAAGUAGGAGAGUUAAGUAUUUAAAAUUAGCACAAACAGAAACCCACCUAGGAUUCAAUGAAGUUGUCCCGGUAAGAUGAAAGAACACAGAAAAAGUAGAAGUUAAAAACAAAACAAAACAAAACCAAUAAUAAUAAAGAUCCAAGAAAUAAAAAGUAGAGGAAAACAAUAUAAAAAAGCUUUGUUCUUCACUCACUCACACAUUCAUUCAUUCACUGCCAAGAACACCACUGUCAACUUCUUUCAAGUAACUAUGCAAGAACCUGUUGGGAUUCCUGCUUGUUAUCCAACAACAAUAACCAGGUCUGGGCAGAGUGUUUUCAUGUCUGUUUUUCGUACAAAGAUCACCGACCAGUGCCAUUUGAUCACCAUCACUUGGUGCAAGAACCUGUUGCUUAAUGGUCUUUCAGUAUCAAUCUCAGGUCCCGAAGGAGAGAGUACUCAACAAUAUACCUGCAAAGUUGAGUUUAAACCAUGGUAUUUUGGGAGAAAACAAGGCUCCAAACACUUCAUCAUCGAUGGUAAUAAAGCUGUUAAUGUCUUUUGGGACCUUAAAGCAGCUAAAUUCAAUGGCGAAACCGAACCCAGUUCUGAGUACUACGUUGCCGUUGUUUGUAACGAAGAAGUUAUAUUACUUGUUGGGGAUUUAAAGAAAGAUGCUUAUAGGAAAACUGGUUGCAGGCCUGCACUUAUUGACCCCAUUUUAGUUUCGAGAAAAGAACAUGUAUUUGGGAAAAGGAAAUUUUGUACGAGGAUUAAAUUUGAUGAGAAAAGUAAGUUCCAUGAGAUAUCAAUUGAGUAUAAGAACAAGGAUGAGCCUGAAAUGGAGAUAAGGAUUGAUGAACAUUUGGUCCUUCAUGUGAAGCAUCUUCAAUGGAAGUUUAGAGGGAAUGAAUCCCUUCAUGUUGAUAAAGCAAGUGUCGAAGUUUAUUGGGAUGUUCACGAUUGGCUGUUCUGUCCUGGGUUAAGGCAUGCCUUGUUUAUAUUCAAGCCUAUUCCGCCAUUGUUGACUCAGAAAGGAAGCUGUGGUUCAUUGGAACAGGUGAAUCCAGGUGAGUCAUCUGAGUUUUGCUUGUUUCUUUAUGCUUGGAAGACCGAAUGAGUAAUAAGUUUUAACGUUUGAGAUGAUAUUAUCGAAAGUGUUUUGAGGGGAAAUUUUGAGUUUUAGGGGACGUUGAUUUGGGCCUCAAAUUCAAAUAGUAGUGAUAUUGUUGUUAGUAUGUUUAUAUUUGAUUUUAUUUUCAGGAUUUUAUGUCUCUACUUCGACAAGAGUAGAAAGGGAAAGCUUUUUAGGUAUAUCAAAAAAUCGUUUUAGUAUUUUGGUCUGAUAGGGAAAUAAAAUCAUGAGAUUAAAUCGAAUAUAAACAUCUAUUAUUCCAAAGUUUGAUUUUUUUCGUUAAAAGAGAGUAUUCUCCAAAAGAUAACCAUAAACUCGAAUAGGUACAGUAAAACAUGAAAGAUAAUAUGUAUGUCGACAUGAAAGGUUCCAUCAUCGUCAUCGUCACCAAAUGGGGAUUUCAAUCUUCAUGUUAUAUAUGGGCCAGCAUGGAGUGGUGAGGAAGCACAUUGGGUCGAUAAGGGUGUAGGAGAGAUGUCGGGAAUUUACAGCUGUGAUUGAAACAAGUGGCUAGAAUUGGACAAGACAGAUUGUAUCACAAUCACAUACUCUUUUUUUUUUUUCAUUAUUCUCACAUCUAGAUUCAUCUUGCCUUGCAAUUCGUGUAUCAUGUCUGUUGAAUGUAAAUUUUAAGAUGAUGAUAAUCAGUUUAUCUUGCAUAAA